CAUUUCUAUGAUCUUCUGAUUGAAAGUUCACGUCAUUAGUACAAGAUAAAAUUCCUAAAUUUCAGUUUAUCAACAAGGUUUCUCGAAGGUCAAAUAAUUUCAUAAAUUCUUCAAAAUUAUAAAAAGUAGUCUACACUAUUCAUCAAUUCAAAUACGAUAAUUCAAAAAUAUGGCACUAAAAGCCUCGCACCCUUGCUUCUGCGCAUACAAUAGGACUAUGGAUCUGAGAACCCCACGAAACGUUAAAUUAACUGCUUUUUUUAGAAGAAGUUUUGCGUUCAGGACUAUCCGUGAUAGAUUGCCUGUGAUUUUAACCAAAACAAUUGAUCGCUUAUCUCAGAAAAAAGAUGAUAUAGCUAGAGAAUAUGGGACUGAAGCAAGAGAUGAAAUCAAAACAGUAGUGGGAAAACUGUCAAGAUUGAAAUAUGAAAUUCAAACCAACAAACCUUUGAAAAAUAUAAGAUCACCAGCUACCGAUGCUACUAUUUACAAUGAUUAUAUUCGAGAAAGGGAUGGUAUGGAAGGAGUACCAACUCCCUUUCACACUAUUUGGUUAUUGGUGGAAUGUUACAUGUAUAGAAAAAUCUGGGAAGCUUUCGAGAAAACGAAAUACUUGAGGGAGUUUGAUCCAUUUCGAUUCAGUAAAGAGGAGCUUUUCCAAUCUGCACUUCCUCAAAUUAAAGAAACUAUAGCACAUCUACAAAAGCUUUCUGGUAAUCCUCUUGCUAACAAGGAAGAUUUUUGUUCUUUACUAGAGGUCAAUUUAUGGAGUAAUAAAGGUGACUUAUCUCUCAGUCCUGAUGGAGUACAACCAAUCCUUGCAGCUCAAUUGGGCCAAUUAUCAAAAAAUAUAUUAAUUAAUGACUCGGAAAAAGUAUGGAAUGCUCUGCAAAGUUCAGAUGGAGAUACCAUAGAUAUUGUUUGUGACAAUGCAGGAGCAGAAUUAUUAUCUGACCUUUGUGUAGCGCAUUAUCUAACUGAAAAAAAAAUGGUUGAGAAAAUUAAUUUCCAUGUGAAGUCCUUACCAUGGUUUGUAUCUGAUGUAAUGCCUAACGACUUAAAAUGGAUGUUGGAAGAAAUGAGCAGAAAUGAGGAUGAAUUACUGAAAUUCUUUGGCUCCAUGUGGAUUGAAAAUUUUAAAAAUGGAAGAUGGUCAAUAAAAACCAGUGAUUUUUGGACCUUACCAGUAGAAUUUGAAAUGAUGCACAAAUAUGAUAGGGAACUUUAUAAAAACCUAUCAUUAUCAAAACUUAUCAUUUUCAAGGGAGAUUUGAACUAUAGAAAAUUGCUCAGGGAAAUUUUCUGGAGUCCUACGACACCUAUUGGCAUUGCUCAAGGGCAGUUUGCUCCAUCAAAGAUGUGUGCAAUCAGAACAUGUAAAGCUGAAAUUAUUUGUGGUUUGUCUGAGGGUUUAGCUGAAAAGUUAGAUGUUGAAGAUCCAUCAUGGAUGGAAAGCGGAAAUUAUGGAGUCAUUCAGUUCUCUGACAAAAUUGUUCCACUUAUGGAUAAAGAAGAACUUGAUAAUCUGAAAGAUAUGUUCCACUAUUGGAAUCCUAAACACCAAGAUUCAAUGAACAUGAUUUGAAUUUUUAUGUAGAUAUCUUUCCCAACUGUGAAUAUUUGAAUUGUCUGAUAAAAUUUCUACAUUUUCAAUAUCUGUUAUGAAUAAAAUCUUUUAAUCUCCAAAAAUAUUUUGUAUAAAUAUGUGUUUUUAUACAUACAUAGGUAGUGCAAUCUUGAUGUGUCCAUUUUUUUAUAAAUACUAUAGUUGGUUGUUUUGAAAUUAAAAUAUUCUUUGUUUUGAAA